CCUAAUAUCUCUGAAAUUAAGCAUACAUUUAUCCAAAGAAGUGUACAAUGGCUACUGAUGCUGCAGUGAGCAAAGAUGGGCUCUUCAUUCCGCUCAUCGACUUUUCCAAAUUCUUAGAUGGCGACGCAACUACACGACAGGAGACUGCCAAGGCGAUCCUCAAUGGCUUCCAAGAUGCUGGUUUCAUCUAUCUCAAGAAUCAUCCCAUUUCAAAAGAGACGGUGAAGCACACCUUUGCUAUGUCGGCAAACUUCUUUGCGCAGCCUCUGGAAAAGAAAACCGUACUGGGAUGGACCACUCCACAGGCCAACCGUGGCUACGUGGCUCAAGGGCGAGAAAAAGUUUCCUUGUUGGAGGACAUUGCCGAGGUGGAAAAGGUGCGCAGCGCAGUGCCGGACUUGAAGGAAAGCUUUGAGAUUGGCCGCGAUGAUGAGGAAGGUCACCCAAACAACUGGCCCAGUGAAGAGGGCUCUAUUACCGGCUUCAAGGCAGAUAUGAAGAGCUUCUUUGAGCAGUGCAAGGCCUUACAUGUGGAAGUUAUGCGGGCUAUCGCUCUGGGAAUGGGGUUUGACGAGAGCUUUUUUGAUCACUUUGUUGACGUUGGUGAUAACAACCUGCGGCUACUGCACUAUCCAGAAGUCAAGUCGGAUAUUUUCAAUACCCCAGGCCAAGUUCGUGCUGGGGAACACAGCGACUACGGAUCCAUCACGCUUCUCUUCCAGGAUAACCGCGGCGGUCUGCAGGUCAAGAGCCCCAACGGAACCUUUGUCGAUGCAACUCCCAUGGAAGAUACAAUCGUUGUCAACGCCGGCGACCUGUUGGCAAGAUGGAGCAACGACACGAUCAAGAGCACCAUUCACAGGGUAGUAGAGCCGCCGCGAAAAGAGGGCGCGACGUAUCCUUCACGAUAUAGCAUUGCGGACAGCUACUUUUGCAACCCCAACUUCAAGGACCUUAUCGAGGUGCUACCGGGAACAUAUGCAACCGAGCAAGAGAAGAAGUAUGGCAGCAUCAAUAGCGGCGACUACCUCGUUCAGAGACUCACCGCGACGUAUUAA